GUUAAGGCUACAGACACUGCCAGCCAUGUCCUGCCUCUAAAUACAAGCAAAAAUACCAUUCAUCUUAUUGUAUUUUAACGCGCACAUCAAAAGCUCUCGCGCUGCUUUUACGUGUGUAUUUUAGCACACCUGCUUUCGUAGAGAAUUCCCGAGGUUUAAGGAGGAGGUUCAGAAAAUGUCUCCGGCCGCUCAGGAGGAGAGGAGGCGGACUGGCGUUCAGCUGGGGAGCGCUGCGCUGCUGCUGCUGCUGCUCUCACUCUCUGGUUGUUCAAGCAUGGAUGUGCUGGUGCCCAGUUACAUAAAUGCACUUAACGGAACAACUGCCACCAUACCCUGUACAUUCACUUCUUGCUAUAAGAUUGACCUUACAAAGUUUGGAAUGAACUGGACUUACCAGGAAACCCACAACGACACUGAAGAGAAGUUUAUGCAUUACCAUCGGAAAAGAAUGCAGGCACUGCCUUUGAACCGAUUUGGAGACAGGGUUGUGUUUUCUGGAAACCUGAACAAGAAUGACUUGUCAAUCACCCUAUCAGAUGUUCACCUCGAGGAUGAGGGGAUAUACAACUGCUAUGUGAACAACCCUCCAGACCGCAUCCUAGGACACGGUGUAAUCCGGUUCAACGUCGUUACAGAACUUCCCCCUCCUAGAGAUUCAACCAUUGCUGUUGCUAUUGGGGCAUCAGUGGGUGGAGCAUUGGCUUUACUCAUCCUUUCAAUGGUCGUAGUGAAAUGUCUUCGCCGACACCGGAAACAAGAACUGAUUUCAGAGGAAAAGAUGGAGGAAGAGGGGAAACUGGAGCCUGAAGCUGUUGCAGAGGAGGGAACCAAACUUCCAUAGCAUGACUGGCUAACUGAGCCAGUGUUUCUGGAGCUGCCAUUUACAACAUCUCAUCUGACAUGUGCAUACAAUUCCUGAAGAAACUGCAGAAACUACUGCUUGAAUCAUUGUCCACAAUUGAUACAUACAUAUACAUGCGUGCGUGUAUGCAUACAUACAUAUAUACAAACAAACAAACAUA